AUGUCCCUGUGUCUCACUUUUAAGGACAUUGAGGACAAGAAGGUCCAGGAUGCCCAGCCACUCGUGGACACCCGUGCCCCACUGUCUCUCAGCCACCACCACCUGAACCUCAAGAAGCUCAAGCUGGAGGAGGAAAGGCUUUCUGUCAUAGACAGGGACAAUCGCCUGCUGCUGCAGAAGCUAUCCUGCAUCAUGAGGACCAGGGGACAGACUGACAGUAGAAACAACUACACACACAGGAGUCUAAACAGGGGGAAACGAGAACAGGAACUUCGCAGAAUUCAAAGGAAAAGUAAUGUGCCGCAAAGAGAAAACAAAAUCAUUCCGGGAAGGAUCACAGACUCAGAACCAUUUUAUAGAACGCAAAGGUGGCAGGAAGACUCAUGCCAAAGGAGAAACUCCCAGAAACUCAGUUCUUCUCACCGAUGCAGUAAAGAAUUACAGAUCAGCAAGUCCAUCAGUGUGCAAGCUGGGUUGAUUGGUGAUGGGUUCUCAGGGAAGAGAAUGGGCCUUGCUGGGGUGGGGGCGAACAGCAAGAGCAAGGGUAGCAAGGGCAAGAGAGGGCAAGGUCCUUUGUUCUGA